CCGACCGAGCGGCGAUGAAUUCUUGCCAGGAGGGUCAGUCGGACUUGGAGGUGAUUUUAGAAUUCCUGGAGGAGUACCAUAGACAAAACUCAGAAAACAAUGGUGUGCAAGAGGAUGCAACCAGUGUGGACAAUGACACUUGGGAGCAAUGCUGGAGGCCUUGUGAGCGACCUAGCAUCCCAAGUGGCCCUCAGGCGGCGCCUUGCGAGCCCCCUGCUGCCUCUGUGACGGCAAGACAAUUAAGCACACAUCAAGCCACGGCAGCGGGCAGCGGUCGAAAGGUUCGUCUGUUUCACUUCCUCUUCGAGAUGCUGGAGGACCCCGCCAUGGCCCACUGCUUAUCCUGGGUGCCGUCAUCCUCGGGCGUCUUCCGCUUCUCCGCCCACAACAAGGACCAGCUGGCGGCGCUGUGGGGCCAGAGGAAGGGCAACAAGCGGCCAAUGACGUACCAGAAGAUGUCGCGUGCCCUGAGGAACUACGCCCGCUCCGGCGAGAUCUUCAAGGUGAAGAAGAAGCUCACGUACCAAUUCAGCGAGCACACCCUGAUGCUGCUGCACAAGCGUCACGCCGGAGAUCUGUAA